AUGGCGGACCUGAAUCUCCCGCCGCAGUCCUUCUUCGCGGCGCCUGAAGGCGAGUCCUCGCUCUCCUCAUUCUCCGGCGUUUACACCCUCGUCUCACAACAAAGCAUCGUCCCAAACUCGAACACCAUCGGCUCGAGCACCGCACACUUCACUCCAGCCCUCGGUAUCGCCCCGCCCGUCUCUGUCGGCCUCAACGGUGCCCCUGCACAACCUGACCAGACUCAACCGGCUGCUCCUCCGCUUUAUCCGUCGAGGUUGGCGGCUGUAUCGGUGCGACUGCCGCUGAAGGAGGGAGGGGCGGGAUUGGCGGGACUAGGGAUGUCGAUCGGUCGAGGGAGGGGGAGGGACCAGGAUGGAGGAUCGUCUGCUGGGAUGACUGCGUCGUUCACGAGCGACGGAAGCGCCGAACGAGAUGGAGCGAACGGAGCAGGAGGAAGCGGUGCGGGCGGUUCGAACAAUCCGCCUCCCAGCAGCCCUCCCCUGAAGCGCAAACCGCUCACGAGCUCAUUCUCGAUGCUCGGCGGGCUUUCACUCGCAGCGAGCGACGGAUCAGGCGGAGCAGUACCGACGAGUCGACCCGCAAGACCGUUCAAAGGCUCGAGUUCGUCGUUCAUUCGCAGUUGGGAGGGGUUGCCGAUUAGUCAGGUGCAGCUGAGGGCUAUUGCGGAGGCGAACGCAGGGAGGGACACGAUUUUUGGGUUCCAGACGCUUGGGAAGGCGGUUGUGUGGACGGAGAUUGGGAAGGGGAAGAAGGACUCGCUGAGCCGCGUCAUCUUUGCCAAUUUUCCGACUUGCAUCGACGCGAACCAGCAUACCGCCUCGCACACGCAGGUCGACGUUCUGAUCGGCUUCAACUCGGGCGACAUCGUCUGGAUGGACCCGCUCACGGCCCGCUACUCGCGAUUCAACAAAUCCGGCUGCAUCACCUCUUCCGCCGUCACCUCGAUCCUCUGGCUCCCUCCCGCUCCUCCCAAGUCCCCCUCCUCACCCUCAAUCGACCCCUCCUCUCCCUCGACCACAAUCCGCUCAAACCUCUUCGUCACCUCCCACGCCGACGGGUCCAUCAUCCUCUGGGACAAAGACAAAGAAGACUGGAGCGGAUUCGUGCCGCAGCCUUAUCCCCCGAUCAGAUCCGCCUCCUCGCCUGCGACGGGUCAGAAGGAGAACGAGUGGCCUCUCGCUGGUGCGGGAGCAGCGACGAUGGGCGCGGGAAAGAUCGCAGAUGGGCAGGAGGAUAUGGUCGUGAGCAAGUUGCCGCCGACGGAUCGGAAGGGUCAGAGUACGGCGAGGUUCAAUCCGGUGUCGCAUUGGCGGGUCAGCAAGAAGCCGAUCAAUGCGCUUGCCUUCUCGCCGGACCUUGCGUUGUGCGCUGCAGCAGGAGAAGACGGAUGCCUGCGGAUCAUCGACGCGGUGGAGGAGAAGCUGCUCGACUGCUUCUCGAGCUACUUCGGCGCGCUUCUCUGCGUUGCAUGGAGUCCUGAUGGUCGCUUUGUGGUGACCGGCGGACAAGACGACCUCGUCACGGUCUAUGCCCCGCUAGAACAACACAUCGUUGCUCACUGCCAAGGCCACGCUUCCUGGGUGACAAGCGUUGCGUGGGACGCAUGGCGGAGCGAGGACAGGACGUUGCGGAUCGCGUCGGUCGGCGAGGACUGCAAGUUGAUCUUGUGGGACUUGUCGAGCGCAUCGUUGACGAGGCCGAAGGCGCAUGCCCACCCGCACGUCCGGCGACACUCUGCCUCGUCGCAAGUCUCGCUCAACCGGCGCUCGAACAGCGAGUCCGCAUGGCACCUCCCUCUCGACCGCACCGAACGAUCCGCCGGUCCCGCCUUCCACCCUGCACCCCGACGAGACGACGUCUCGCUCCUUCAACCUGUCGCCGUCAAAGUCCUCUCGACCGACCUGUUCAGCGGCGUCCAGAUCCUCCCCGACUACGUCUUGCUGGCGACGAGGGGCGGACAGGUCAAGCAGUACGACCGUCCGCCCAUCCACGAGUCGUUGCUCGGCGGGCUGAGCAGCGAGUUUGCGGCGUCGGUUGUGCGGCUCGAUGCGCGCGCGCGCGGGUGA